CGACGUCGGAGUGCAGCCCCUGUCGGUCGCUUGGCUUGCACGCCGGAGGAGGACGAAUGUGGAACUGUGACUGGUGUUUUUCACACCCAGGAAGGGAGACCGGUUGGAAGGAGCCAGUGCUGUGCUGAGAGAUGACUCAUUGAAGCGAGGAUUGAACUUUUAUCUUUUUUUUUUAAACACACCGAAUGUUUGCUCCUUCCGAGAAGAAGCCGACAGCUUUCUCUCCGACAUUUUGUUUCCUGGUUGACGGUGCCCGGGAGCGAAACGAAAAUGACCUUCAUGUUGUUCACGAGUUGCCGCUCAUCAAUGUGGAAGACGCCCAGUGCGGCGUGUCGAGGGAUGCGGAAAGGUUGUCUUGGUGAAAUUGCCUGUCUCAAGUGUACUGCACUAAGGUUGACAAAUCACAGAAAUGUUUGUUUCAGAAACUGCAGCAUAGUGUCUUCGAUCAACAAUCCUUUGCACAUAAGAGACCGCUAUAACAGUUGGACAAAAGGACCAAAACGUUUGUACUGUGGGCUGGUGGGUGCUCCUCUGCCCUGCACUUCUACCAAGAUGAGUUUUACUGGAACCCAUUGUGUAGCAGUAAGAUGGUGGCAUUCUACACAUCACAUGUAUGACGACUCCAAGGUUGAAAAAUCUCUGAAGUCUCUGAAGGAUAAGAAUAAGCGACUGGAAGAAGGUGGUCCUGUGUAUAGUCCUAUAGAACCUGAAGUCCGCAAGUCCCUGAGUCAGAAGAUUGUAGAUGAAGUAAAACACUACUAUCAUGGCUUCAGGUUGUUAUGGAUUGACACAAAGAUAGCAGGCAGAAUGCUUUGGCGGAUCCUGAAUGGGUAUACUCUGUCAAGGAGAGAGCAUAGACAGUUUCUGAGGACAUGUGCUGAUCUCUUUCGCCUGGUGCCAUUCCUAGUUUUCAUCAUUGUUCCAUUCAUGGAGUUUCUUCUUCCUGUUGUCCUUAAACUUUUCCCUAACAUGCUUCCUUCAACCUUUGAGACCAAAUCGAAGAAGGAAGAAAGGUUGAAAAAGGAGCUGAGAGUGAAGCUUGAAAUGGCAAAAUUUCUUCAAGAUACAAUUGAAGAGAUUGCUCUAAGAAAUAAAGCAGCUAAGGGUGAUGUUACGAAAGACUUUUCUACUUUCUUUCAGAAGGUUCGAGAUUCUGGAGAGCGACCGAGUAAUGAGGAGAUCAUGCGUUUCUCUAAAUUAUUUGAGGAUGAGUUAACACUGGAUAACUUAACUCGACCACAGCUGGUAGCACUUUGUAAAUUGUUGGAGCUGCAGUCAAUAGGAACCAAUAAUUUUCUACGGUUUCAACUGAUCAUGAAGCUGCGCAGCAUUCGUGCUGAUGACCAGUUGAUUGCAACAGAAGGAGUAAAUACACUGAAUGUAAAUGAGCUGCAGGCAGCUUGCCGGACCCGGGGAAUGAGAGCACUCGGGGUGACUGAAGCGCGCUUACAAGAGCAACUUAAGCAAUGGUUGGAGCUCCAUCUGAACCAGCAGAUUCCAACAUCACUCUUGCUUUUGUCCAGGGCUAUGUUCCUUCCAGAUACCCUUUCACCUGCUGAUCAGCUUACAACAACUUUACAGACGUUGCCAGAUAGUGUGGCAAAGGAAGCGCAAGUCAAAGUAGCGGAAGUUGAAUUUGAUAAAGUGGAUAAUAAAGCUAAAUUGGAAGCAACCUUGGAAGAAGAGGCAGCCAUCAAGAGGGAGAACCAGGAGCGAGAGAUGGAACGUAUGGCAGAAGCUGCAGAAAAAGCUAAAGAAAGCUUACAGGUUGAAGCCAGCAAGGAAGUAGAGUCAGCAGUGGAUCUGGAAGCAGCAGCUGUCAAUGUAAAGCAAAGCCAGAUUACUGUCGAUGCAGAACAGGAAUUGGCUAACGUAGACUUGACGAUGCAUUCUGAGACCUUGAAAGAUACAGCCCCAGUGUUAGAAGGAAUUAAGGGUGAAGAGAUUACAAAAGAGGAAAUAGAUAUGAUUAGUGAUGCUUGUACCAAGUUGAAGGAACAGAAGAAACUACUCACCAAAGAGAAGGAAGAGCUAGAGGAAUUGAAGGGAGAUGUACAAGAGUAUAAUGAGGAUUUAGAAGAGAUUAAGAAGGAAUUUUCCAAAACUGGAAAGGAGACUGUUGUAGAAGAGUCCAAAGCUAGCAAACGCUUAACAAAGAGAGUAAACCGAAUGAUUAGCCGAAUUGACACGCUCAUUGUUGAGUUGGAGAAGGGCAAAGAGGUGCUGGAUGAUCGACUGGAUAGUGAUGCAACACCCCAUACAGGUUUGUAUUUCACCUUUAGGGAAAAUAUCAUCAGCAUCAAUGAACUAAUCAGUGCAAUGAGGCAGAUCCAGAAUAUCCCACAGCACAAAUUACAGAAGAUUGCUGAAUCCCUGGAUGAAAACAAGGAUGGCAGAAUUGAUAUCAAUGAUGUUAUAAAAGUGGUGAAGUUAAUUGAUAAGGAAGACAUAGAUAUCUCUACCAACCAGGUUGCAGAGAUUUUAGAACUGUUGCGUAAAGAAGAGAAAGUUGUCGAACACCAAAAAGCAAAAGAAAAAUCAGUGAAGGAACAAGUGGCAGAAGUCCAGAAUUAAAUAGCUUCAUCUAAUAAAAUGCUUAUGAUAUCAGAAUUUGUUUAACUUUGUUUGAUUUUUGAAAUCAGUUGUAACUACACCUAGAGGAAUCGAGUAAUACUGCAGAAGAAUUGUAGAUUGUAUUGUGCUACAGAAAUGGAAUAAUAUUUUCUGUUAUGCCAGGAAUCCCACCAUUCCAGAAGCUUGGAAACAAUAUGAAAGAACUGUUUCUUUGAAAAUGCAGUUAUAAAAGAAAUGUUGUGAUGUGAAAUAAUAUUGUUUUUAUAACUGAACAAAGCAACAGAAAAACAUUAGCCUUGGUGGUGAUCGGUCUGUUUUCUAAAAUGCUUACAACUGACUUCCAGGUCAGUGUAUGGAAAUUGAUGCGUUACCAUUAUUAGUUUGAAGCAUUUGUAUUACCACAAAUCUAUAAUACCGAACCAAGUUAUCUUCAAAUCUUUCAAAAUUGGAUUUAACUUCAAAACUCAGUCUUGUUGUAUCCAGUAAAACUGAUUUUGGAUGAAUUCUAGGAGGUUCACUAUCAGAGGAAUUAGAUAAAUGCGCCAAACCAAAGAAUAUUUUAGCUCAUUUUGGACACUCUAAAUUCCUUUUGCAUCCUUAAGGUGUUAAAUCUGUCAUAUAGUGCAUCUACUUAUUUAUAAUGUAGGCAUUUUUAAUAAAUAGUAUGGAUGUUAGACUACAUUGGCAUUGUUUAUUCCUGCACACCCCAAACAGAUUAUGUUUUACUCUGUGUUUGUUUGCAUAUGUUUUGUGGAUCAGGUUUUAGGAAUACACUCAGGUAUUGCUAAAUUCAUUUUUAAGUGGUUAAAUUAAAAAGAAGCAGCAUGUCCUAUCUUUCAAAUUAUAUCCUUGUAUUUAUAUUGUGGUGAUUGCAGCAAUCAAUGUGUUUAUCAGUGCAAGAUUGUGGUAUACUAAUGGAUAAUGAUGUAGCUAUGGAAAUUUGAAUGUUAACUACAUUUCCGCCAUAGAACAUCUCAGUAUUUUCCUGUUUGUUUGCCUUGCCAUGGGAACAUGGAUUCAAUGUGCAAAAUAUUUUUUCUUCAUACUUACAUAAAUUCAAAAUGAACCUACACAUGAAUAUGAUGGUUAAGUAUGUUAACUUGUAGAUUGUACACAGUUUUGGUUUCCAUUUGGUGCCAGAUUAAGUGAAGUAUAUAUUGAUUCUUCGGUAUUUCCUCACUACUUGUACAAAACUAAUGAGACAUCACUAAUCAUACAACCUUUGUGCACAAUCUGUGCUAUAUUUGCACUAUUGACUUGUAUAUUUUUUUGAUGUUUUUGUUUUAGAUUUGACUGAUUAUUUGAGUUAAGUUGAUGUUAGUCUCACUAUUAAUAGUGACAAAGUGUAUGUAUGGUUUGAUGGCAUUUGUCAUGAAAACUGCAUAUUUUUGGCUGGAAAUUUAUUGAAUUGUUUUUCCCCGAAACCUAAUUCAGAAAAUUAACUAUUUUAUGACAUUGUUUUAGUCCAUUUUAUAUAUUUCUGAUUUUUGUUUUUGUUUUUGUUUUGCCCCCUUUCCGAUUCUUUACUGAAACUUUCAAGUUUUGAUAUUUUUUCCCCUGCAGUUAUGUCUAAUAUGAAAAGAUGCACAGCAUCAAACUGGUUAUUUGGAAAUGAGCAAUUGAUGAUUCAGGCGAUUUUGCUGUGGAAAUGAGAUCUGUGCAAAUUAAUGCUUUUCACUAGCUUCAGAGGUAACAUCAGACCAGCUUAAUAUAAAUGGUUAGUUUAUCAGGCUGGAAAAGUACUCUCCCUAAAUUUGUUUCUAACAUUGAAAGAAAUUGAAUUGGGCACUAUGCUACAUGAAGCCUUUGCACAUCUAGCUCUUUGUAAUUUCUGCAUCAUUCUCAACAGCCACUAGGGAUAUACUUGAGAUAUUCACCCUCGUUACUUUCCAUCAAGUAUUUUGUUGUGACACCAAAUGUGGAGCAAACUUGUUUUGGAAUUUUAUUUCCUCCCAAACCUGUCCUCCAGUCUGUGCAACUCUUUCAAUUAUUCUGUAAUAAUAUUAUUGGAUUGUGAUACAUUGCAGUGCAGAGUAAUAUCCUUUAUACUUCUGGCCUGGAUUCAAAUCAAGCCGGAAGUGGUGAUAUGUUUGGUAACAUAAUUAAAGCUGCCCUAAAUUUGGUAAUCUUAUUGGGAUUAUCACAAAGUAUAGCUGGUGCUGAGAAUGUAAAAUUUCACACUUUCAUACAGUUUGCUGCUCGGUAGUUGGAAAUUGAAUUAGAAAGAGCUUUACUUUCCCUCUGGCUGUAUUAUACCCAGUGUGGACCUACUUGAUUACAACACUAAGUAAAAUAUAAUAUGUUUUGAUGAAUGGCGCAUGAUAGAAAGAUCGAAAGUCAACGACAUCAGAUUUUCAAAGAAAAGGCACAAGGAACUAGGCAAUCUGAAAAUUUGAGAGUAGUAUAUAGACUCUCCUUGAGUAACUGCAGAGUAAAUUAGAAGUACUAAUCAAAGUGCACUUUUUAAAUGAAAUUUAAAAGGGAGAAUAUUAAUUUCAAUGAUUCAUUUUUGCCUGUUGAAAAUAUCCUAUUCUGAAAUGAACUCUUUAAGUGUUAGUUAUGGCGUUAAAAAUACUGAAAUGUUGUAGGCUCGAGAUCAUUGUCUUAAUAAGUACAGGCUAUGGCCCUGCUUUAAUAACUUGUACCUGCUAGAGCAUGAGUGUGUGCAGAAAUGGUGCCCUGAUCUUUGGAAAAUAUAAAAGAUAUUUUUAGAAGUUACAUGAAAACAAUGGUCUGGACUUGGAGUAGUUAACUUCCCAGAAAUCUGGGCAUUUGUGUAUAAAAAUUGGAAAAUGAAUUAAAGUGCACAAAGUUAAAUCUGAA